CAGCCCAUUCACUAGCAAGCCAUCGCAUUCACUAGCAAGCCAUCGCAUUCACUAGCAAGCUAUUGUGUCAGAGCACCUUUGAGUUACCUACGUAAACAAUGUGUUAUUGUUCGCCCUUAAAAGGCCCUCCAGUUCCACUCCGAUCUCUUGCUCGCAAUCCAUUCCUGCUCACCGCUUAGGCCUGCAUCAGACACAGAUCGACCGGCCGCCCUCACCUUUGUCUCAAUCGCUUACCCUCUCCGGCUACCCGCGCUCUUUGAGACUCUGCACGCGCCACCCCUACGCACUCAGCACUCUAGCAACACCAUGGCCUCUCGCACCGUCCCAGUGGCCCGGCCAGAAGACCUCACCACGACCCGCACGGAGAAGCUCGUCCGCCACCCCCACUUCCUCGAGCCGACCGACGAGAUGAUCAGCGAAGGGCAAAAUGAGCCGCACGCCGCGACACUCAAGAAGUGGGACACCUACAACGCCUUGGGCGAAUACAUUCGCGAUCACGGCAAGGGCGUGAACUACAACGUCGAGCUCGGGGAUGGAGGAUUCAUGGAGGUUGGCACGCUCAGAGGAACUUCGCGCACGGUGUACUCUUUCUUCGAGGUCCAUGAGAACGGCCGUCCCACCACGCUCGGCGACGUGUCGACGUGGGCCAACGGGAGUCUCCAGGUCACCCUCGUCGCCGGGCCGUUCGACCACGAAGACUACUUCCACGCCGAGGUCCCCAGCGAAGCCGAAAUGACCGAUCAGCAUGGCACAGUCGGUUUCAUCGCCUGCGGCAAGGUCCUCGAUUGGAACGCUGUGGAGUUCGACGCCGCAUACGCCAUGCCGACCCUUACCCAGUCGUACGCCAAGAUCGUCAAGGCCUUGACGAAGAAGUUGGAGCUGUAACCGGGCCCGGGGUCCUUGUACGCCGCAGGCAGAGGAACUCGGUCGAUGGGGAGUCGCGUUACAGAAUGCGCGAUGGCUGCUCGUGACCGCUUAGGACGGAUUCUGGCGGUCACCCAUGCGGGAUAUGGGCAGAGGACAUUCGUUCACUGAGACCCGGCGUAGUAAGCUGCUGGGCGCAAUGUAGUGCAUAGAUCAAUGUAUUCUGCACAUGGUUUUGUCUUCCAAACUUCCAACGCAACCAUAACGACACGAUUAAGUGAGGGCAAAUUUACCGACCGGUAAAGAAAGUAGGCAAAUUUACCGGCCGGUAGAU